UUUCAUAUUUUUCAUAACAAUCUCUUAAUCUUCGGAAGAGACAUUGUCUUGAAUUGAAUUGUGUGGAUUUCUCAUGAGAAGUGAAUCAAACUGACGUUGUCCUUGUUCUGUGUGAUUGGCUGUUUGCCACACGUGUCACACUUUUAGGUGCACACGCUUUGCAAACUCUCGAUUAAACCUGAGUUUACAGCGAAAGUUUAUACCGAGCGUUGUGCAACAGUUGAUCCUGAUCUAAACCAGGUUGGAUUUAUCUGGAUUUGUCAACUCCAAACCAACUCUGAAAGCUUCAUGCAACAGGCCACUGGACUUUCUUAAUCACAAAGACAACAAAGAGAAACCAACAUUAGACAAGAAAACUCCUGAUAUAAUGAUUAAUCUGAUUUGUGCUUUAAAUAAAAGUGUGUCAAAGGUGUCUUGUGACUUAUGAGUGUAUAUAAGGCAAGCAAAGUCAAUGUCCCAUCUCAAAAUAUGAACUGUACAGUGAAAGUUUCACUCUGGAUGUGUUGUGUCAUGGUAUAGUGUAGUUUGAUAGCAUGUCAGAUGGUAGGGAACACCCUUCCUCUGCAUUUAAUUAAUAUUUCAGACUGCAGAAAUAGAGCUUAAAUACGGAGCCCCGCACAAGACAUGCAUGAAAAAGUAAUAUGCUAAAUCGUAUGCACAAUUUACUAAUUAGUUCCCUCGAUUUGCUAAAUCAUGUGCUAAAUCAUCAAGAUUUAGUAAAUUGUGCGUAUGAUUUAGCAAAUCGAGGGAACGGAAUAGUAGGCCUAAAUCGUGCGCACGUUUGACUUUUUUCCUGCAUGUGAUGUGCGGGGCUCUGUACUUAAAAGUAUGUAGUCGAUGAAUAUAGAUUUCUAUAGAAGCAUUUCUCUUCCUAAGCCAUCCCACCAUCACUCUUUAAGAGAAGUAAAGGGGAACUUAUCAUCAGUUGUUGAUUUUCAACAAUAAACAGAACUUGCAAAGAGGUUUUUGUGGGAUUGAAGCCUUACAGAAUAUGGCAAGCACUACUAUUGGAAUUCAAAAUAUGACCAGAAUCACUACAGACAAUUCCACAGGGCAGACAGAGAUCUUCUCAGGCAUUAACAUCUUCAUAAUAUGCAUUUACUUUGCCAUCCUUGUUGUAAGUCUCAUUGGAAAUGGGCUUGUCAUAUUUGUGACUGGUUACAAAAUGAAGACGACAGUCAACUCCAUUUGGUUCCUCAACUUGGCGAUUGCAGACUUCAUCUUCUCCUUAACUCUAAUCAUAAGAGCACUUUUAGACAUACGCGUUAUCUGGCAUGCUGAUACCUCCAAGUGCACAUUUCUCUGGUUCAUGAUUUACCUAACCUCAUCUGCUAGCAUUUUGCUAUUGACGACUAUUAGUCUGGACCGAUGCCUGUGCACAUGGAUGGUUGUGUGGUCUCGUAAUAAUCGAACCGUAUUAAAAGCCAAAAUCAACUGCAUGACUGUGUGGGUUUUAUCCAUCGGCUGCUGCAUCCCUGCACUCAUCAAUUGCUCAACAACACAGAGUGAAGGAAUCUAUGGCUAUCCUAUUCAAUACUACAAGUUUCUGGUCACAUUCAGGUUUAUAGUGAGCUUUGUCAUCCCCUUUUUGAUCAUUGCAUCUUCAUAUAUAGCUAUCGGUGUGCGAGUCAAACGUCUCAAAAAGGAGAAUCAGUUCAGGUCUUACCGGAUCAUUAUAGCUGUGGUCCUGGCAUUUUUCAUAUGCUGGCUUCCUUUUCAUGUCUACAAAUUUUAUAGCAUAAGUGCAAAAGAGAAUCAGUGGAGUGAUUCUGCUAAAGAGGUUCUUUCAAAAAUUUAUGUUGUAGUUACAUUCCUGGUUCAUCUCAACAGCUGUCUGAACCCCAUUCUCUAUGUGUUCAUGUGUGAGGAGUUUAAGAAGAAGCUGAAACAGUCUCUGCUGCUGGUGCUGGAGACGGCGUUUGCUGAAGAUCAUCUGGACUUCAGAGUCUAAAAGCAAACGAAAGAUUCCACCAUCUCUAUUCCUGCCAGCUGCCAGCCACAUAAAGACAAACAAAGCACUCAUAAUUUAUGGUCAUACAGUGUAAGACAUCAUUCGUUAACUGUAAAGGGUGUGUUUUAAUUUGCAUACACUCACAAUAAUAAUAAUAAAAAAAAUGUUCUUU